GCGUUUCGUUCGGGACCGCGUCGCUCGCGCGCGCGCAUUUAUGUCUGUCAAAAUUGUUUAUUGUUAGGUUACGUUGUUAAUUUCUGAUUAAUUUUAAAUAUAUCAUGUUAUUAUUAGUUGAUCCUUUAACUUAUAUAAUUUUAAUGUCUCAAGCCAUAAACUGAAAUGUAUUUAAUUGAUAAUUUAUUCAUAUUGUAUUCAUGAUAUGAAUAGGCAACCAACUGGAUUUUGGACAAUCUGUCAAAAAAUAUACGCGAAUAUUUUGUGAUGAUAAUUGCAUAAUGAAAACUUACGAUGUAUGAAGAUGGAAACUUAAGUUGUACUCCAAAGCGCUGUGUGCUUACUGAAGUCACGAACUCGAACUAUGUUUCACCGAAUGCUAACCUCAAGUUGCUAACCAGUGUUGCUCUUCAGUACCCAACGCCACCGCCGAGUGCAGUGCACCGUAAGGAGAAAUCUCUUCAAAUACUUUGUGACAGAUUCCUCAGUCUUUUUCCUCUCCAUGGAAAUGGGCCUAUUGAACUGCAAUUGGAUAGUACUGCAGCCAGACUUGGGGUGGAAAAACGUCGUAUGUAUGAUAUAAUAAACAUAUUGGAAGCCAUGCAGUGUGCUGUGCACAGAAGGAAAAACACAUACCUUUGGUAUGGAGGAGCAAGGCUCAAUUCGUUCUUGAAAGUUUUAAAAAAGGAAGGUGAAAACUUGAAGUUGGCUGAUGCUCUGCGUGGAAGGGCUCCGAAACCUCCAACACCAAAACACAAAACACUUGGUAUUCUUGCCCAAAGGUUCCUGAUGUUGUUCCUAGUGGAACCCCCUAAUACAUUGAUAAAUUUGGAAAUGGCAGUUCGUGUUCUAAUUGACACAUCAAAUAAAAAUAAAACUGUGCUGUCUCCAGAACAACAGGAUCGUCAACACAAGUCCAAAGUGAGACGUCUUUAUGACAUCGCCAAUGUUUUUAUAUCUGUUGGCCUUAUAGAAAAAGUAUCAGGCAAUUCUAUACUAAAGAAACCGGUCUUCAAAUAUGCAGGACCUUUCAAAACCAAAAAGUCUGAAAAGGUUGUAACAGCUACACCAUCUCCUAUAACCCCAGUUGUGCUGCUGGAUAGCCAAAAGACUCCUCCUUUUCAAGUGUUUGCUGGGAAAUCCAAAAGAAAAUUGGAAUUCUCCACUCCAGACUCUUGCAAAGAACUGAAACUUGGGGUCACCACCCCUCCACAUACCCCAACUCAUAAGUGGAAUGAAAUCUUGCUGGUGGCAGACAUGGAACUGACUAAAAUUAAUAAUGGAAUACCAUUGUGAUUAUACAUUAGAUAUAACUGAUGAAUUGAUAUUUUUAGACAGAUAUUUAUAUACUUAGUCUUCCAGGGGAUGUAUUGUACAUGUGAACAUUUUAUGUAUAUCACACAAUAUUUUAUUAUACAUAGAUGCUAGAAGCUUUGUUCCUAUGUUUAUAUUUAGCUUAAUAAUGUUGAAGAAAAAAUAGUGUCAGAGACAUUUUUUUUGAAUGGUGCAAUUAGAAAAUGUAAUUAGCUAAAGCUAUAAAAUUAUGAAACACAAAAAGUGUUAUCUAAAAUAGAUUUUAUCUGCAUUAAAUAUAAUUAUAAGUUAAAUCGAAAGACAAAAAUGUUUAUAGAUUUAUUAUGUAAUAUUUGUUUUGUUUGUACAAAAUUAAAGACUGUUGACUAAAUGCCAAUUUUAUGAAGUAAAUGACUAAAUAGUUAUUAUGACAAGAGUAAUUUAUAUUUGGGGAAAUAGUUUGCAUAGCUUGUACCCCUGGGAGUCUUGGACUGACCUUAUUUAGUGAGCUAUUUUUAUUACUACUUAAUACACUUGACAAAAUUAAAUGCAUUAUGUUUUUCCAGAUAUAUAUAGCUUGUUUCUUAUGAUAGUUUAAAUAGUUAUGAUUUUUAACAUAUAUAAAUAAUUUUAAUUAUCACUAUGCAUUUAGUCCCAUACAUAUUUUCAAGUUGUAUUGAAAGUUACAAUUCUAACAUGCUAUAUAAAGUAACGCCUGUGGCUAUGUUAAAAUAACAUUGUAAUUUAAUUACUAUAGAGGCAGAUGUUAGGAAUUUUAAAAUGAAGUUAUUUUGUUGUAACUUUUGUAAUCAAUACAAUACAAAACGAAAGUAGUGUAAACAUUAUGCAGUUUCUAAAAGGUUGCUUUUAUUUUAUAUUUGUUAUAAGCUAUAAGUUCUAUUAAACAUCAUCAAAAAUA